AUGAUUGUGUCACGACAAGUAAUUCGAUCAGUGGUAAGAAAAAGUUUUAAUCGAUUGUGUUCGGCUAACGUUGUUGCACUGCCCUCCGGUUCUACCAAAGAGGCAUUAAAAGAAUUACGAAGAAAAACUGGAUACAGCUAUGUAAAUUGCCGCAAAGCACUGAAUGAAUUUGGACCAGAUAAUCUGGAUGAGGCUAUCAAAUGGUUGAAAAAAAGGGCUAUAGAAGAGGGCUGGGAGAAAGCUGCAAAACUUGGUGAUAGACCAACAAGACAAGGUAUUGUAUCAGUGAUGACAAAGGGCAAUAAAGCAGCUAUCGUUGAAUUGAACUGUGAGACGGAUUUCGUCUCUAGAAAUGAGGAUUUUAAACGAUUGGUUGAAGAUGUGACUAAAGCGGUUUUGCAUGCUGCUGACCGGGAUGGAACGAGUACUCAUGGUUUUGAGUUAUUGAAUUCAAAUAUUAAUUCUCUUAAAACAUCAGAAAAUGGUAUGCUAGUGAAAGAUUUGAUUACUGAAGCAAUCGGUAGACUUGGUGAGAAUAUAACCCUUUCAAGAGCGCAGCUAAUAUUGGCACCACCUAAUGUUCAACUUUUUGGCUAUGCACAUCCCAAAGAAGGUACCGACAGAGUGUACAUGGGAAGAUAUGUAUCGGUUGUUGGUCUGAAAGGAUCGAACAAAACUGAUUUCCCAACAGAAAAGCUGGGAUUUCAAUUAUGUCAACACGUUGUAGGGAUGAGAUCUUUAACACUGGGUACACCGUUGCCUGUAAAGAAAACAUCUGUAAAAGAUGAGGUAUCUCAGGAUGACGAAAUCAACGCAUUUUAUAACGGAGAGGUUACGCAUAUCGAUGAAAAUGAAACUCAGCUAUUAAGGCAGUCGUUCAUGUUGAAUCCUUCACAAACAGUUCAUGAAUACGUUACUGGCCAUGGAGCGAGUAUUGUUGAUUUUUAUCGCACUGAAUUAAGUAGUAAUGUGAGCGAAGAGUCUUUUCAAAGCUAA